GCACAUACAUGAGUACACAUACUUACAUGCACACAAAUAUGCAAAUGCACAUGCAAACAUAUAUACAUAUACACACAUACAUGCAUAGGAAUGCAUACAGUCAUACACACACACACACACACCAAACCUCCUGCUAUUUCUGGAAGUGGGCAAGGGCAAGGCUUGGGUUUGUGCUCUGGCCCCUGAGGCCGACCACCAGAUAGAGGAGGCAGUCUGCUGCGGACCUUGAACUCCACCUGGUUUGAGUGUCCCACACGGGAUUCAGGCCGAGUUCAGCAAAUAGCUAGGAACAGCACGAAACCGUUAAUUAAGGAAGACAAAGAAGCUCCUGUCCCCUGCCCCCCAAAAGAACACCUGAGAUGAUCGCAGGGUUUCUAGGACUGCCCCUAGCCUAGUUCAGAGCUGGGUGUGGGGGAUGUUCCUGUGCAUGUGAAGUGUGGCUGUAUGUGCUUGUGUGCACACACGCUCUAAUGCCUGUGAGCCCUGCCGGGCAUGCCUCUGCCAGGGUGUGUGUGUGCACACGUGUGUAUGGUGAGACUAUCUGGCACUGAGGUCAGAGGACAUGACCUUAGUCUGUCUGUCCAUAGGGAGUGUGUGUGUGUGUGUGUGUGUGUGUGUGUGUGUGUGUGUGUGAGACACAUUUGCAUGGUGGGCAGUCUUUUCUUCAGGAACAUGUGAAAAUGUAAAAAAAAUUUGUUAAAAAAUGUUUAAAAAAACAAUGAGGGGACAGAGCCCCAGUGAUCACGCCCUGCUCCAUCUUGUCCCUGCAGCUCAUUCCCUGUGGCCUCCCAGGAUCCCCUAGCAUGGCCACCCAUCCAGGGCCAUUGAGGUCACCCAUGAGCUGCAGGCUCCAUACAGACUCCACCUGACCUCCAAUGUGGGCCUUGAUCUUCACAUACAAGUCUGUGUGUGUUGUGGGUCUGUGCACGUCCUCACCGGCACAUUUCCAAGCAUUUGUAGGCACACAUGCCCUCGAGGGUGCUUCCACCAGUGUGUGCACACCAGCAUCCCCAUGCUGAAUGUGUGAGUUUCAGUGUGUGUGUGUGUGCCUGUGUGUGUGUGUUGGUGUGAUGUGUCACACACGUGUGUGGAGAUCAGAGGACAACUCUGGGGAGUUGGUUUUCUCUUUCCACCUUUAUGUGGUUACGAAGGAUUCAACAUAGGUCAUCGGGGUUUGCCUCUGAGCCAUUUGCCAUUCUAUUUAAUUUUUCUGAGGUGGGAGUCUUGUUUUGUCACCUAGGCUGGGCCAAGCGAUCCUCAACUUUAGUCUCCAGGGUACACACAGUGCAGGUCAGACCACCGGGCCUAGCUAGGGAGCGUCAUCCGUUUCCCCCCACUCCCUGACGCUCAGACCCCCUGUGGUUCACCCCCACUCCCUACACCCCCUUAUCAUGUAGAAUUAGACCGCUGGGUUGUGCUUGUCACCACUGUGUGUGUGACAGGUCAGGUACCGCCUACUGAUCCCGAUGUCCCCUCUGUGAGGUAGCUAGAUACAGUGUCUAAGCACAGAUGACCGACCCAUCAGGAUGCCGAACUGCACACACUGGGCACUUACUAUAUGCUAGGGGUAUAUAAAUGGUUCUCUACAAAGCCAGAAAGACAUGCCUCCAUUCUAGAGAGGAAACUGAGACCCUGGGAGGAGAAGACAACAUGUCACCAAGCUGGGACCACAGAGCCAGAUUUGAGCCCAAGAAUGUGGCCAGCGGGGCCUGGCCUUUGACUCCAUUCCGGGGCCUUGGUUCUCAUCUCCUCCGUGUGUUGGUUAAGACAUGGUUGGUGGCUCUGUGAAGGCACCAGCCUGGGAACCUGCUGACCUUGGGCUCAAGGCCGUGAAGGAUAGUCUGCAGGGGAAGACAGCCCAGGCUGAGAAAGGUCACCUGACACCGUCUCCUCCUUCCUGAGCCCCAACAAACUACCCUGGGCUCCUGACCUCAGGCUGGGCUGAGGGCUGCUGAGCACCUGGAAUGUCCCUGUCCCCUCCCUGCCCCAGUCCAGCAGCCCCCACCCCCACCCAGCUGCCCUAGCUCCACCCACAAGGAAGGGAAAGUCUCAGUCUGUGGGGCUGAGGAUGGUCCCUUAGCCCUCUGGCCUCACCGCCGGAACCAGUCAAGGGGAGGAAAGUCCAGGGAAGGGACAGACAGGGCAGGAGCAGGAAAGUGAGUAUCAUCACAGCACUGGGAAUGGUACAAGCCUGGGACUAGCUUGAGCCGCUACCAGACCAUGGCAAAAGGCUAGGCCCCUGUGGACUAACCUGAGAACCAGCUGUCACACACAGCCCAAAGCUGCAGAGCAAGGGCCCUUCCAGAAAGGGCGAGAGCUUGUAAAAUGGCACAUACCUGCGGUCCCUGAGUUAGGAGGCAGAGGCAGGAGGAUUGCUGAGACCAGUGUGGGAUACUUACUGAGAACCUGUCUUAAAUAAACAAAGAAAAAUAAAGAGAUAGCUUCCGUGCCUGUGUGGCUAGGUGCGCACCACCCUAGCUUAAACUCUCCGGGUCAAACCGCCACCCCUGGGGCUGGCCGCUGUCCACCUCAGACACUGGCGGGAGCCUGCUCGUUGCCCUUGCUGCCCAUGAGGAGCUGCCCUUCCUUCAUUUAAGUCUUGCACCCUGAUGAAAGGGCCGCUUCCCACAGGGGGAGACCGAGGCUCUGGAGCUGAGUGCUCUCUCUGUGGGUGGUUGUUGGUCACGGCCUCAGUGCCCGCUGACCCCAGAGCCUGCCUCUUCACCCCUGACUGGAAAUGUUUCUCCUGAGAAAUAACUUUGAAAAGGUAUGCUUCUCAAAGGCUUCCACUGGUGGCAGGGGGUGGCGGGGGCAGUAGUUCACUGUUAAAGUCCAGAAACGAGGAGUAGAGCCCCGAUGAUCACGCCCUGCUCCAUCUUGGCCCUGCAGCUCAUUCCCUGAGGCCUCCCGGGAUCCCUUAGCAUGGCCAACCCCAUCCAGGGCCACCGAGGUCACCCAUGAGAUGCAGGCUCUGUGGAGACCCCAGCUAAAAGACACAGAGAGCCCAGUGGUUUCCCUCCUGGGCUCCGGAGAACACAUGGUCCCCUUCACUCAGCCUCUCGGAGUCCUGGGCCUGCCACUUGAGCGUCCUCUCUGUGGGUUUUGUCUCAGGAACUGGUGCUCCUACGUGGUGACCCGUACUGUCUCCUGCCAUGUGCAGAAUGGCACCUACCUCCAGCGGGUGCUGCAGAACUGCCCGUGGCCCAUGGGCUGCCCUGGGAGCAGCUACAGAACUGUGGUGAGGCCCACGUACAAAGUGAUGUACAAGACAGUGACUGCCCGCGAAUGGAGGUGCUGCCCUGGACACUCAGGGGUGACCUGUGAGGAAGGCUCCCCUGGCUUCCCGGAGCCCACAUGGCCAGGAAGCACCAUGCGGCGGAUGGCAGUACGGCCCACAGCAUUCUCAGGUUGUCUCAACUGCAGCAGAGUGUCUGAGCUGACUGAGAGGCUGAAGGCGCUGGAGGCCAAGGUGGCUGUUCUGAGUGACACAGGAUCAGUGUCCUCGAUCCCAGCUCCUCCUGAGGACUCUGCCCUGCUUUGGGGAUCCCCAGCUACCCAGGGCAGCCCUGGAGAUGGAGACCUGCAGGACAGAGUUGAUCCUUGGGAGCUGCCUGGGCCCACUGGCCCCAAGGGAGACACUGAUAGCCAGGGCUCAGUGAGGAUGAGAGGCCCACCAGGUCCACAGGGACCCCCAGGACGCCCUGGCCAGACCGGAGCUGCAGGCAUUCCUGGAGAGAUGGGCCCUCCCGGCCCUCCAGGCCCUCCUGGGCCCCCAGGACCUCCAGCCCCUGCUGGGCCACCCCAUGCCCAUAUCUCCCUGCAUGGAGAUCCAUUUCUGUCUAAUACCUUCACCGAGACUGGCAGCCACUGGCCCCAGGGACCCACGGGGCCCCCAGGCCCUCCGGGCCCCCCAGGGCCCAUGGGUCCUCCUGGACUUCCUGGCCCCGCGGGUGCCCCUGGGAGUCCUGGACACAUGGGAACCCCAGGCCCUUCUGGACCCAAAGGAAGCUCUGGCCACCCGGGAGAGAAGGGUGAGAGGGGACUGCCUGGGGAACCUGGCCCCCAAGGGCUAAUGGGGUUGCAGGGAGAACCUGGCCCCAAAGGAGACCCUGGAGAGAAGAGCCACUGGGCUCCUAGCUUACAGAGCUUCCUGCAGCAGCAGGCCCAGCUGGAGCUCCUGGCCAGACGGGUCACCCUGCUGGAAGCCAUCAUCUGGCCAGAACCAGAGCUGGGAUCCGGGGUAGGCCCUGAUGGCACGGGUACCCCCAGCCUCCUUCGAGGCAAGAGGGGAGGACACCCAACCAACUACCAGAUCGUGACCCCCAGAAGACGCAACGAGAGGAGCUGAGGAUGGUGGUGGCUCUUCCUCCCCCAGCCUGGACUUGGCCAGCUGCCUCCAGAGACUGCCAGUUCCUAUUUAUUAAUAUCCUCAGGGACCCCUGUGCCAUCUUGGCCUUAGGGGUAGGCAGGCAGGUCUCAGUGAUGUCAGUCUGUACUUGACAGAUAGGCAGGGACUGGUCCUGAGGGGAAGCCUCCUCAGAAGUCAGGCCUCACUGCACCUGGUCUAUUUCCCUGUGACGUGGGGUGAAACGGCCUUCAAGGGGAACAGUGGAGGCUCAAGGCUUCCAGUGUUCCGACCUAGGGCCGGGGACUCUGCCUGGCCCUGCAGACAUGUCAGGAUGGGGGCACAAGUCCCAGGUCCCCCCGCUCCUUAAAACCUUGGGGAGUCCCGUUUCCUGGUGCUGAUUCCCACCUGAGUCCAGGCUGCUUAGUCCCCGACUGAAUGGUUGGUGCUUCUUACUUCAGUUCUACCCAAGUCCCCACCUCCCGUGUCCCAGGUGGGGACGGGAUGUGCAGAAGGGACCCCCACUCCAAGUAUCUGCUGCAGAUGCAUGGAUUGCUAUGUACUGGACAAUAAAUGUCCCUGCCUGACCCACCCA